AUGGGCAUUGACACGCUUCCAGAUGUCGAGGAAUCGGCAGAGCCCUCUAUAUGUGCCCUAAAGGAGCCUAAUUCAAUCCAGCGGGAGCAUUCGAAGGGACCCCUGGAGUUCUGUACCUCCCACGAGAAGGAAGUCGUUCUACCUGCCACUGGUGACAACGCACCAAUUGACGGAGAUCUAACUGCGACACCCGACCGCCGACAUAGUUCAAGCGAUACUCUUGUCCAAAGCCAUCUUCUCGAGCCCACAGUAGUUGCUGAGCUUCUUCAAACAAGCCUGAGCAAUGGACUCUCUACCGUCGACGCCAGGGAACGCCUCCAGAGACAUGGACCGAAUGCCCUGCAAAAGAUCAAGGGCGUCUCCGUCUGGGGGAUACUGCUAAGACAAGUCUCCAACAGCUUGACUAUCGUCCUGUUGAUAACCAUGGCCUUGUCCUUUGGUAUCGAUGAUUACAUUGAAGGGGGAGUGAUCACUGCGGUGAUCCUUUUGAACAUCAUUGUUGGCUUCUUCCAAGACUAUCGUGCGGAACAGACAAUUCUCUCACUGCAACGCCUGUCUGCACCAGUUUGCAAAGCCAUUCGAGAUGGCCGGGUAAGCCCAGUCAAGGCGGAGUCCUUGGUGGUGGGUGAUGUCGUCCAGCUCGCCGUGGGCGAUAUUGUUCCCGCAGACUUACGCUUAUUUGAGGGAAUGAACGCAAGCAUGGAUGAGGCACUCCUGACGGGCGAAUCUCUACCGGUCCUGAAAACCCCAUACGAGACCCUGCCUCGUGCCGAUAUCCCCAUCGGGGAUCGCACCAACAUGGCAUACUCCGGAUGCAGCACGAGCCAAGGCCGUGCUACAGGAGUCGUCGUCGCGACGGGCAUGAACACCGAGGUUGGCAAGAUUGCACAGUUACUUCAAGCAAAUGACACCGUGGACGACAAAAGCCGCGUUGCCUACUUCUGGCGGCGAGUCAAAUUUUCGGCUAUGAAUAUUCUAGGUCUCGUUGGUACGCCCCUGCAAGUAAAGCUGAGCAAAUUCGCCUUGUUGCUGUUUGCCCUCGCCAUUCUCCUGGCCAUCAUUGUCUUCUCAGUCAACCUGUGGCAUGUUCAAGGCGAGGUGCUCAUUUAUGGCAUCUGCGUGGCCGUCGCCGUGAUUCCUGAAUCCUUGAUCGCAGUUCUUACAAUUACAAUCUCCGUAGGCACUAAAGCGAUGGCUCGCGGCAAUGUUAUCGUUCGCAAGCUACAGUGCUUGGAAGCCGUCGGUGGGGUAACCAACAUCUGCUCGGACAAAACUGGAACUUUGACACAGGGCAAAAUGAUAGCUCGCUCGGCAUGGAUUCCUGACGUGGGAGUCUUGGCAGUAAGCCAGACCACUGACCCAUUUGACCCGACGAGUGGUGUUGUCCAACUUGACGCGAUCGACUGGAGCUCCGAGUAUGCGGUGGGUCAGCAUCCGGCUCUACAUACCUUCUUGUCGGCCAUCUCGCUGUGCAAUCUUUCAACAAUUCACCACGAAAAUGGUGUGUGGAGUGCGAUUGGAGAGCCCACGGAGAUAGCCCUGCACGUUCUUGCCAUGCGCUUUGACUUCGGAAAGAACCAAGUUAUCACGAAGCGAGGGCUUGAGCUGCACACUGAAUAUCCAUUUGACUCUGCAAUCAAGAAGAUGACAGUUGUGUACAAAAACCGAGCCGAACAAGUCAACGAGAUCUUCACGAAAGGGGCACCUGAGAUUGUCAUCCCGUUGCUGUCAAUAUCCGAGGAUCAGCAGAGAGUCAUUCAGGAGACCGCUGAACGAAUGGCUGGAGACGGCCUCCGUGUUCUUUGUAUAGCCUACAAAAAGGUACAGUUUCAGGACGAGCAACAAGUAUCAUCUCGUAGCGCCGCUGACUCUGAUCUCGAGUUUGGGGGGCUUGUCGGCCUUUACGACCCACCUCGAAAUGAGACUGCAGCGGCAGUACGCAAAUGCCAGAUGGCUGGCAUUAAAGUCCACAUGUUGACAGGCGACCAUGUCAAGACUGCUGCAGCUAUUGCCUCAGAAGUCGGCAUUCUUGACCAAGUCACAGCACAUGGAAAGUUCAAGCAUCUGGUCAUGGCCGCAGAGGAAUUUGACAAAAUGUCGGACCAAGAAAUUGACCAGAUCGAAGAAUUACCUCUGGUCAUCGCUCGCUGCAGUCCUGCUACGAAAGUCCGCAUGGUUGAGGCAAUGCAUCGCCGUCAAGCAUUCUGUGUCAUGACUGGCGACGGAGUGAACGACUCGCCUGCCCUGAAACGAGCUGACGUAGGAAUAGCCAUGGGUAAGAAUGGAAGUGACGUGGCCAAAGAGGCAGCCGACAUGGUCCUUACAGAUGAUAACUUCUCGUCGAUUGUGACGGCUGUCGAGGAAGGAAGACGUCUGUUUGAUAAUAUCCAGAAGUUUUUGCUGCAUCUCCUCAUUUCCAACAUUGCGCAAGUCGUUCUGCUCCUGAUAGCCCUAGCAUUCAAGGACGCGGGUGGCGACUCAGUCUUCCCAUUGUCACCACUGGAAAUCCUGUGGGCCAAUCUGGUGACCUCGUCUUUCUUGGCUGUCGGCUUGGGCUUGGAAGAAUCUCAGCCUGACAUUAUGUACCGCCCACCUCACGAUCUUCGAGUCGGUGUUUUUACGACCGAACUGAUUGUUGACAAGAUGGUAUAUGGCACAUUCAUGGGCACGCUCUGUCUUGUGUCCUUUGUGUGCGUCAUCUACGCCGUCGGUAGCGGCACCUCGGACCUGGGCAAUGGGUGCAAUGAGGGUUACAACUCGACGUGCGAUGCGGUCUUUCGAGCGCGUGCUACUACUUAUGCCACGCUGACUUUCCUCCUAUUGGUGACUGCCUGGGAGGUCAAACAUUUCUCACGAUCGCUUUUCAACAUGAAUCCAGUCCGUUUUCCCAAUCGAUUCUCCAUUUUCCCCACCGUUUGGCAGAAUCGGUUCCUUUUUGGGGCUGUGAUGGCAGGAUUUGUGAUUGCCUUCCCGGUAAUCUAUCUACCCGUGGUGAAUGAGCUCGUCUUCAAGCACCAUGCUAUCGGUUGGGAGUGGGGAAUCGUCUUUGGCUGCACAGCUGCGUAUCUCGUCUGCGUGGAAAGUUGGAAGGCUAUCAAGCGAGCGUUUGGCAUCGGUAGUGGAAAGACUGCGAUCAUGACUUUGGAAGAUGCUGAGGAUCGUGCUGGUCUGAAUACUUUGAGUCCGCUGUCGAUGAGUGCCAAUGCCAGUGUCGAACUGAAGUAG